GGGCUGCUGAUACCUAUAAACCACCUUAGAUGGCAUCAUUUGUCCCACGCAUACACAAAUACCAAGCUUGGCCCAAAUGAUCCUUAUAGAUAACGUCAAGUAUUCCUGCCUGGAAUGCAUUCGGGGGCACCGAUCCACGCUGUGCCGUCAUCACACGCGGCCGUUACUUCAGGUCCGCUCAAAAGGUCGACCAAACUUACUAUUUCCCUACGGCAACAAAAAUUAUAGAAUCGCGGUUUUUGCACAAGAAGUCGACGCUGGCGAAAAGACUCAGGCUCAGAACUGCAAAACUACACCGGUUGUCAUUUUGAAGGCUUCCAAUAAACAUGUCAUAGACGUGACCAAUGGUCAGAUCUUGGGUCGCUACGACGAUCUGCAGCGAGAAAAAGCUCAAACCCCUGUUAUUGGGCCAGAAAACUUCGUCGUAUCUAGCUCCUGCUGCUCGGCAGCUGUUUCAAAGGUACGCAAAACUUGUUCGUGUGAUCAAAAGAAAGUUCUGCGACUGAAGAUUUUGAGAUCAUACAUCACUAAGAAGAUGCUUCCAGAUAUGCAUGCAUCGCAAAUACCGCCUUUGAACUCUUCCAAUGAAGCGAACAUACCACAGGAUGCUCAGAAAUUGACAGCAACUCAUUCUUGUUCUCCACAUCUAGACACUCAGCCCACUUUAAAAAUGGAGGAGAAGAACACAGUACCGUACAUGCCCAGAUCAUGUCCCAGCGCAACCACCAACUUUUCGGAAAGAAAUUCAUCUCGAACAAUGGAACAAGAAGUUCAGUAUUCUUUCCGCGCCCAAGGGUAUGAUCUAAUGCAACUCCCACAAACGCUUCCAACUUACUUAGGUUCGUCUUCAAAUGACGUGUCCAACAAAUUACAACCACAAGGUUUGGCAAACGCAAAUGGCUCGUCAGACCUGUCGCACUUGCACGAUAGAAAUGGCAUUCUGGGUGAGCCGGGUGUGUUUCAAGUUAUAAGUGUCCCGUCGUGUUCUGUUCUUGGAUCUUGUGGGUGUUCAUCGGACUGCAGCUGUGCGUCGUGCUCGAUACACAAUCCCGCAGCUAAAACUCAAGACCCGCUUACCUUUCUCAACAACGACUCACAAUACGGGUCUAAUCUUCUAUUGAAACUGGAACCACCAAUGGACACCGGCGAGACAUACGCCCGCGAGCUCCCGAGAGAUCUAGGACAAUAUUCUUCGUACCUUGCUCAACUAUCUGGCUACGACGCCAAUCCACCCCCAUUUCUUUCAGAGCUACAGAUGGAGCUACAAACAGCGCUGCAAGGGGGAUCUCAGUACGCACCAAAACAGAGCCUCCAAUCUGAUUUAAGUCCGUGUUCUUGUCCAGAUGAUGAGUGUUUCUGUAGGAAUUGCGAGAAGCAUGGGAUAAUUGACGGAUAUAAACUAGAUGAUAUAUUCGGCACUGUGUCCAAUAGCCAUAAUGGGGAUUGAUUCUGAUUAGUUUUGUAUUAUAUAGUAAGAUGAAUGUAUAUAAUGAAGCCC